CUGAAUGUGAGAGUGAACAGUUUGCAUGUGGGGAAUACAAGUGGAACCACACCUAUUGCAUCCCGACCUACCAGCGUUGUGACAAAAUAGACGACUGCAGUGACAAGUCUGAUGAGGAAGGAUGCUUCUACCGUUCCUGCCUUCCUGAGGAUCACAAGUGUGGUUCUGGGCUCUGCAUUCCACCCACUAAAAAAUGUGAUGGCUACUUUGACUGUCGUGAUGAGACGGACGAAGUGGGCUGCAACAUGACCUCGUGCCCUAAGAACAAGUUCCGCUGUAAUGAUAAAUGUAUAGAAAAGAGUCAGAAAUGUGACCACAGAAAUGACUGUGGUGACAACACUGAUGAAAAUGAUUGUGAUUUCCCAGCAUGUCAUGAGGAACAGUUCCGAUGUGCCAAUGCUCUGUGCAUCCCUCGCCGGUGGCACUGUGAUGGUCACAAUGACUGUCCUGAUGCUUCUGAUGAACAAAACUGUACAGCCAUCGCUUGUCCAGACUCCAAAUUUUUAUGUGCCAAAGAAAAUCGAUGUAUUGAAAAGUCAAAAUUAUGUGAUAGUCAGAGGGACUGUGAUGAUGGCUCGGAUGAACGAACUGCAUGUUCGGCAGAAUUAUGUCCCAGUCUUGGGUGUGAGUAUGCAUGCAGGGCCUCUCUUGCUGGUGGUGAGUGUUACUGUCCGCCAGGGAAACAAGUCUCCAAUGAUACAAGAACCUGUAUUGACAAGGAUGAGUGCAAGGAAUGGGGCCACUGUGACCAGCAGUGUGUCAACACAGAUGGGUCUUUUAAGUGCCUGUGUACCCGAGGCUUCAUACUUCAAGACAACACUCACUGCUCAGCCUCUAAUGUUCCUGAUAAGAUGAAGAUGACUCUCUACUUUACCCAUCACGACAAAGUCCUUAAGGUACAAGAUAUUCCAGGAAUGGAACCAGAUAUUGUGGUAAAUGCUACCUCUGCUUGGGGUUUAGACUUUCAUUAUAAGAAGGACCUCCUUUACUGGUCAGACACAGAAACAAGAAAGGUUUAUUCUCAAAAACUACGUGGGUCAGCCAACAAUGCAGCCGAGACAACAUUGACUCUCCCAGGAUCAUUAACACCCGGAGCCUUGGCUGUCGAUUGGGUUGGAGAUAAACUCUAUGUGGUAGACAUCUUGGGUCAGAAGAUUGAUGUGUUUCAAAUUCUUGGCCGAUAUCAUGCUAUUGUCUUAUCCAACAACAUCACUGAACCUCAAGAUAUUGGAUUAGACCCAACCAGAGGCCUGAUGUUUGUAGUCGACCAUGACCGUAUUUUCCGAGCAAACAUGGAUGGCACCAACUUACAGGCUCUCGUGAGGGAUGUCAUUUACAAGGCCUCGGGUAUUGCUGUAGACAUCAUCAGCAAGCGAAUAUUUUGGUGUGAUUCUCUCUUGGACUACAUUGAAACUGUAACUUAUGAAGGAACUGGUCGAACUGCCAUUGUUAGGGGAUCUACUAAUGUUCCAGCACCAAACCGUUUAACAAUUUUUGAGAGCAAAAUUUACUGGACUGACAGCACUCGACAGGGUGUCAUUCGCAUAGACAAAUAUGAAGGAUCACAAUCAAUUCAUCAAGUGUACCGAAACUCAGGGAAGACUCAAGACCCCAAAGCAAUAAAGGCUGUUCAUGGACUGAUGCAGCCUCAUGUCCCAAAUCCAUGUUCAAGUGAAAAUGGUGGACGUUCAAAUGGUGGAUGUGACCACAUGUGCAUCGUGACACAUGCAUCAACAGGCCUGGGCUACCGCUGUGCUUGUGAUAUUGGAUACAGACUCAACACAGAUCAACGGAGAUGUUCAAUGGUAACGGAGUUUUUGAUGUAUUCACAACAAAAAUUCAUCAAAGGGCAGGUUUUAGAUCCUGUUUCUGAGAAUUUUAAUGAUGCCAUCAACCCCAUUGUGUCGAAAGCUGCAAGAUUUGUGGGUCUUGAUUUUGACCACCGCAAUGACUACAUCUACUACUCAGAUGUCAGCCUGGAUGUUAUUUACAGGGUGAAGAGAAAAGGAACUGGCCGGGAAAACUUAUUAGCUUCUCAAAAUGAAGGUGUCGAAGGGCUAGCAUUGGACUGGGCAUCUGGGAAUCUUUACUACAUUGAUAGUCGCAAAGGAACACUAAAUGUACUGUCAACAGAGAAGCCAGAAUAUAGAAAAGUUUUGCUCACUGAUCUCAAGCGUCCAAGAGCAAUUGUUGUCCAUCCUAACAGAGGGUAUGUGUUUUACUCUGAGUGGGACCGUCCUGCUAACAUCAGCCGUGCUUAUCUUGAUGGCUCCAAAGUUAUGGUAUUCCGCAAUGUGUUGCUUGGCUGGCCAAAUGGUUUGUCGAUAGAUUAUGAAACAGACCGCAUAUACUGGUGUGAUGCCCUUCUAGAUCACGUACAACAUGCUAAUUUGGAUGGCACUGAUGUCCGAACUAUUAGCUCUCAGAGCAUUAGACAUCCAUUCUCCCUUGUCAUCUAUGAUGAUUGGCUGUAUGUAACUGAUUGGCGCCGUGAUGCAAUUCUACGGAUGAAUAAAACUGAUGGUUCCCAGGAGAGAACUGUGGCGCAAGUUGCAGAGAGUAACCGUUUGUAUGGUAUCCGUAUCUACAGUCUCAAAGCUCAGCAAAUUAUACCAGGGCAUCCUUGUAAGAGUGAAAACCAAUGUGAGAAAUUCUGUUUCCCAGUUCCUGUUGGUGAUACAGAAAACUUGAAAGCCCAGUGUGACUGUCCCUUAGGAGAGAAGAUAAACUCAGAUGGCCAGACUUGUCAACUUGACCCUGAUGCUGAACCUGUGGAUCCACCUUGUGCACCAUGGGACUUCACUUGUGCUAAUGGUCGAUGUAUACAGAAGACUUGGGUUUGUGAUGGCGACGAUGAUUGCCUUGAUAACUCGGACGAGGAGCAGAACUGUACGGAGGCCACUUGCCGGGAGGCAGAGUUCCAAUGUGGGUCUGGAAGAUGCAUCCCCAAUACCUUCAAGUGUGAUUCAGAUAAUGAUUGUGGUGAUUUUUCAGAUGAGACUGGAUGUAUCAAUGUCUCCUGUGAAACUUCAUAUUUUCAGUGUGAUAAUGGCCGCUGUAUUCCCAUGAACUGGAAAUGUGAUUCUGAGAAUGAUUGUGGUGAUAGUUCUGAUGAAGGUGAUUUUUGUGCCAAUAAGACAUGCUCUUACUUCCAGUUUACUUGUCCCAGCACUGGAGCAUGCAUACCUCAGGCUUGGGUUUGUGAUGGUGAUAAUGAUUGUUAUGACAAUAAAGAUGAAGAAGGCUGUCCACCUAUAGCAUGUACAGCAGCCCAGUUCAAAUGCAAUAACCAAAGGCAGUGCAUUCAUGAAUCCUACAAAUGUGAUGGAAUCCCUGACUGUGAUGAUGCAUCAGAUGAAUUAGGAUGCCCUACAGUUGGGCCAGAUGAAUGCAAUGAUGAAAGUCAGUUUAGGUGUGAAAGGUCUGGCAUUUGCAUUCCAAAGAGCUGGAGGUGCGAUGGAACUGCCGACUGUGAAGAUUCUUCAGAUGAGCCUUACACCUGUGGAGAGGUGACGUGCCCUAACAGCCACUUCCAGUGUAGAAAUUCAAGGUGCAUAUUCCACUCCUGGUUAUGUGAUGGUGAAGAUGAUUGUGGUGAUGGCUCUGAUGAACACAAUGAGCAAGCCUGUGGAAAGCCAGCCUUCAGGUGUGGUGCUGAAAAGUGGAUGUGUGAAGGAGUCUUAAACAUCUGCAUCAACAACACUCAAGUUUGUGAUGGCAAAAAAGAUUGUCCAAAUGGAGCUGAUGAAGGACCGGGGUGUGAUCAAAAUGACUGUGAUGAUGAUGUUCUGUGCUCUGUGACAUGUAUGCAGACACCAAAUGGUCGUGAGUGCACCUGUGAUGCUGGAGAACAACUUAUGGUUGGCAGUUCCACAGACUGUGAAGACAUCAAUGAGUGUAACCCUCCAGGCAUGUGCUCCCAGACUUGCACUAAUGAAAAGGGUACAUUCAUUUGCUCCUGUGCUAAGGGAUACAGAUUAGAUGCAUCUAAGACAACAUGCAAAGCCCUUAAUCGCUCAGAGGCCUUCUUAGUAAUCAGUAAUCGCCGCAGCAUCUUAAGUGCUGACUUACACCAACGGAGCUUAGAAAGAGUGCCAGUGCUGGUAGAAAAUGUUGUUGCCACAGCUUCGGACAUGAAGAAUGGCACACUCUUCUGGUCAGAUAUGAAAGUCAAGCAAAUUGUGAAGCUGGAGAAGGGAGGCCAACCAGAAGUUCUUGUAGGAAGCGGGUUGGACCUUGUGGAAGGUUUGGCUUAUGACUGGAUUACUGGUAACAUAUACUGGGUAGACUCACGGCUUAAUGCUUUAGAAGUUUCCCGGAGAGAUGGUUCACACCGCAUCAUCCUUCUCAAUAAAAACAUUUCACAGCCAAGAGGACUGUCAAUCGACCCCCUGGAAAAUGCACGUUGGCUGUUCUGGACUGACUGGGGAGACAAUCCAAGAAUAGAACGUGUGUCCCUGGAUGGUCAGAAACGGUCUGUCAUUAUCAAUUCAAAGAUAUUUUGGCCCAAUGGUCUUACUGUUGACAUUCCAAACAAGCGGAUCUACUUUGCUGAUUCAAAGCUCGACUACAUAGACUUCUGCAAUUAUGAUGGAACUGGGAGACAACAAGUGCUGUCCCAGAGCCACUACUUACUUCACCCACACUCUUUAUCCAUCUUUGAAGACAAUGUUUAUUGGACUGACCGCCAGCUCAACAGAGUUCUGUCUGCCCACAAAUUCCAUGGCAACAAUGAGUCUGUUGUAUCACAUCUUGUAUCACAACCUUUAAGUAUACAUGUGCACCAUCCAGUGUUACAGCCUGAUGAACCAAAUCCAUGUGCAUCCAACCCUUGUGCACACAUGUGUCUUCUUAAACAGCCAACGGGAUAUACAUGCUUGUGUCGCUCAGGUUAUAAACUUCAGGGUGGUAAAUGUAAUCCAGCGGAAACCCCUUACCUGAUGGUGAUGAAAGGUGGCCAGAUAGUGGAUGUGGCACUCAACCCUGGAGAGAAAGGUGCUGCAGGGUUCCUCACACCCAUUGUUGGAGUUGAAAAUGGACUUAUGUUAGAUUAUGAUCGGAGUAAUGAAAGAAUCUUCUGGCUUGAAGCCAUCAAAAAGGACAGUGAAAAUGGUACAAUCUAUGCUAUGAGUAUGGCUGGUGGUAACAAAACAACGUAUCUGGACCUGGGAAUUGUUGGAUCACCCUACACGAUGGCAUGGGAUUGGGUUGGCCAGAACAUGUAUGUUGGAAACCGCGUUGCCAACAACAUAGAAGUUCUUAAACUGGAUGGCAAGAACAAAUACCAGAGUGUGAUCCUAGAUAAUAGUGGUGAUGCUACUGGAGUUGGCAGACCCAAGUCUAUGUGUCUUAAUCCUGUGGAUGGGUUCUUAUUCUGGCUGGAUGACGGAGGUGUUGGUGUUCCCGCUAAGGUCGGUAAAGUUGGAAUGGACGGCACUGAUCCCGUUAUCUUGUACAACUUUACACAACUUCAACCAGAAUUUAUCACAAUUGACAUUGAAGCCAAGAACUUGUACUGGUCAACCAGUAAUAAUGCUCAACCAGGUGAAAAAGUGGUUAAAAACCAGAUUAUGACCACUGAUGUGUAUGGAAGGGGCCUCAAGAUAAUUCUUAGUGAAGCUAACCAUAUAGGUCUUCCCAGAGCUCUAGCUGUUUAUGAGAGCAGCUUGUACUACCUUGACUCCUUGUAUGAAAAAGUAGAACGUGUGGACCUCCCGGAGGGUGGGAAUCCCCAGUUGUUACUUGAUAAUGAACCUAAUCUUAAGUCCCUGAAGGUGUUCCAGAAGCGGCCAGUCAUAAACUCAAAUCCAUGUAUGGUGGGUAAUGGGGGGUGUAAACACAUAUGCAUCCCAAAGAUCAACAAACAGAGAGUCUGUAGAUGCACAACUGGCUACAAACCUGAUGGUGAGAGAAACUGCAAACCUUAUGAAACGUUUGCUAUUGUGUCCCAGUUGGAAAUUGUACGAGGCUACAGUCUCGAUGGAGCUGGGGAGGCCAUGUCUCCCAUUGCUGGUCCUGGUCAUAAUGUUCUCCAUGUAGACUAUCACUACUCCAAGAACUACAUAUAUUGGAUUGAGUUUAAUCAAGGUGGCUCAAAUGGCAUCUAUCGAUCAAGGUCGAAUGGUUCUGAACUUGAAGGUGUUGUCACAGAUGGCAUCGGAUCUAACGGAAUCCGUGGUAUAGCCAUUGAUUGGAUCACCAAUAAUAUGUACUUCACCAAUGUGUUCCCCCAUGAAACCUAUGUUGAGGUGUCCUGGCUGGAUGGUACUAACAGGAUGGUACUCAAGAGUUUAACAAAAGAUGCUCCAAGAGAACUGGCAGUUAAUCCAAUCAAGAGGUAUUUGUACUGGCUUGAUUAUGGUCAGUUCCCAAUGAUAGGUAGAUCAUAUCUUGAUGGGGACGACUGGAAACCAAUAGUGACUUCUGGUGUGAGUAGUCCACGAGACCUCACCAUAGACAUGUUUUCCCAUGAUGUUUACUGGGUCGACUCUGCACUUGAUGGCAUCAACAAAGUCAGUUAUGAUGGUAGCAAGCGGCAAUUUAUUCGUCGCAAUUUACCCAAUCCCAUGGGCAUUGCCCUCUACAAUAAUUACGUGUACUGGAUUGACCGUAACCUUGCUACAAUCUUCCGUGCAUCCAAAUACCCAGGUAACACAACCCAGGCAGAACGCAUCAAGACCAAUAUGGAUAAUCUAAGGGACAUUGCCAUCUUUGAUAUCAGCAACCAACCAACUAAGGUUGAUACACCAUGCACAAGGCUUGGUAAUGGAGGCUGUGCUCAACUGUGCUUCUCAUUCCCUGUUGAAAAAUCAAUCAAUCCUAGCUACCGAUGUGCUUGUGCUUCUGGAGUCUUGGGUGAGGACACACGAAGUUGUGAAGACCCCAAAGAAUUCCUCGUUUUUGCCACGAGAGCAGAAAUCCGUAGUCUAUCUCUGACUGUCAAGAGCAAUAAUGUACCUUUUGAAACCGUUAAAGGAUUAACCAAUGUUGUUGGCAUUGAUUUUGACUACAAGGACAGUCAACUGCUGUUCACACAAAUACGACCAGACACAAAGAUUGCCAAGGUUCCCAGCAAAUCACCUUCCUUAGAAAAUGUCACACCAAUUUUGGAUAAAGGAAUUAAUCCUGAAGGCAUAGCAUAUGACUGGACAUCAAAGAAGAUAUAUUGGACUGACUCUGCUAAUAAUAGCAUUUAUGCCAUGAAUCAAGAUGGUUCACACAUUGUCAUGAUCAUUCAAGUAGAACGACCUCGUGCAAUUGUUUUGGAUCCUUGCAAUGGACAUAUGUACUUCACUGACUGGGGAAGAUACGGUACAUCAGGGAAGAUUUAUAGCUCCACAAUGGCUGGGUCCUUCAAAGAGGUGAUCAUCGGUACUGAUCUCUCUCAGCCAAGUGGCUUGGCUAUAGAUUAUGACGAUGGAAUGCUGUAUUGGACUGAUGCAGUGAAGGAGAAGAUUGAAAGAUCUUACCUCAAUGGAACUGGCAGAGAGCUUCUUAUUUCAGCAACAAUUUAUCCUUUUGCAAUAACAGUUCAUAAAAACUUUAUAUAUUGGACUGAUCUCCAACUCCGAGGAGUGUUCAGAGCAGAGAAAUAUACUGGCGGAAACAUGGUCGAGAUGGUACGCAGGCUGGAAGAAUCCCCAAGAGACAUUCACGUCUUCUCUGCAGAUAGGCAAAAGUGUGAAACAAAUCUGUGUAAGAUCAACAAUGGUGGAUGUGCCCAAUCAUGUCUCCCAAGUGCUGAUAAUCAGGUUGAGUGUAAGUGCAAUGCAACUAUGAAGGUGGUCAAUGAAAACAAGAUGUGUGUCCCACAGAACUACAGUUGUGAUGUUAACAAAUUCUAUUGUGCAAAUGAAAAAUGUAUAUCCCGCUUAUGGGCUUGUGAUGGUUCAGACGACUGUGGUGACAACUCUGAUGAAGAUAGAAAGUACUGUACAUAUCACACAUGUAGUCCUAGUGAGUUCCGCUGCAAGAAUGGCCGCUGUAUUUUCUCUACCUGGAAGUGUGAUCAUGAAGAUGAUUGUGGUGAUGGUUCAGAUGAAGAAGGGUGUGAGUAUCCCCCGUGUGCUGAGGGAGAAUUCACAUGUGCCAACCAUCGGUGUAUUCCAUUAUCACAGUUAUGCAAUGGUGUCAAUGACUGCAAGGACAAGCACACAUCUGAUGAGACAAGGGAACGUUGCCCAGAGGUGACAUGUCCCUCCAACCACCUAAAGUGUGAGAACACAACCAUAUGUGUGGAGGCCUACUGGUUAUGCGAUGGCGACAAUGACUGUGGAGAUAACUCGGACGAGAAUUCGCUUCAUUGUUCAAACCGAUCGUGCCCACCAAAUAGCUUUAGGUGUCCAAAUCACCGUUGCAUCCCUGGCUCUUGGCACUGUGAUGGUGACGAUGACUGCGGAAAUGGAGCUGAUGAGCCUGGCGAGUACUGUGAGCAAGAAGGUCGCACCUGUUUUGGAGACCUCUUCACCUGUGAUAAUGGAAACUGUGUACCAAAGAUCUACAUCUGUGAUGGUGACAAUGAUUGCUUGGAUGGCUCUGAUGAAGAUGAUAGACACAAAUGCAACAACCGCAAGUGUAAUGAAGAAACAGAAUUCACAUGUAAUGCCAAUAAGCAGUGGGGUCGAGCAAUGUGCAUUCCAAAGAAAUGGGUGUGUGAUGGUGACCCAGACUGUGUGGAUGGUGCAGAUGAGAACUCCACUGCACUUUACUGUCCUCCACCACCAGACUGUGGGGAAAAUGAAUUCAAGUGUAACAACAGACGUUGCAUCAGCAAGGACUGGGAAUGUGACUUUGACAAUGACUGCGGUGAUGGUUCAGAUGAAGGGCGGGAAUGCAACGAGAAGUACCGAGAGUGUACAACUGAUGAAUUCAAUUGCUCAAAUGCCAAAUGUAUACGUAAAACUUACUACUGUGAUGGAGAAGAUGAUUGUGGGGACAAUUCAGAUGAAGUUGGAUGUGAGCCGGAGAAAAAGUGUGAGCCAGGGCAAUUCCAGUGUAAAAAUGGAGAAUGUAUAGCCAUGAAGCUAGUGUGUAAUAAAGUGAGUGAGUGCUCUGAUGACUCUGAUGAACCACUUCAUUGCAAUGUUGAUGAAUGUGCAAAAGUGGAACUACAUCAAUGUGGACACAAAUGUAUUAACACUCUCAUUGGCUUUGAAUGUGCAUGUAACACUGGAUACAAGCUCAUGCCAGAUGGUAAGGCAUGUGAGGAUAUGAAUGAAUGCUUGGAGACCCCAGGUGUGUGUUCACAAACGUGCUUCAAUACCCCAGGCUCUUACAACUGCAAGUGUGAUGAAAAAUAUUACGAACGAGAACCAGAUGGUCACACAUGCAAACGGCGAGAUGAUACACCACCAUGGGUAUUCUUCACCAAUAAAUACUAUGUGCGAAGGUUAACUACUGAUGGAUCACAAUAUUUACUGAUGCAUCAAGAUCUUAGAAAUGUUGUAGCUCUUGACUUUGAUAAUAAGGAGGAAAUGUUGUACUUUGCAGAUGUAACAGCAAAGACUAUAUAUAAAGGUAAAAUUAAUGGCUCAGAAAAGCAAGAAGUAAUUAAACAUGAUAGCCAUGGACUUGAAGGCCUUGCAGUUGAUUGGAUAGGACGGAAAAUAUACUGGUUGGAUAGACAUAGCAAACAAUUAGAUGUAGCUGAACUGAAUGGAACCAAUCGCAGAACAUUGAAAGCCAGUGGAAUCAAUGACCCAAGAGCAGUAGCUGUCCACCCAGGUAUAGGAUACGUUUACUUUACUGACUGGCACCUUCAGACAUACAUAGGACGUAUUGGCAUGGAUGGUUCAAACUUCUCUCGAGUUCUUAGUUUUGAUGAUAAGGUAAUAUGGCCCAAUGCCCUCACUUUUGAUUAUUUUACUGAUCGAAUCUAUUGGGCUGAUGCUCAUCUGGAUUACAUAGCAUUUGCUGAUCUUGAUGGCAAAAACCGGCACGAGGUCAUACAUGGUACCAAAGUUCCACACGUGUUUGCCAUCACUGUGUUUGAUGAUUAUAUGUACUGGACGGACUGGAAUUUGAAGGCUAUUCUAAAAGCUAACAAGUUUACUGGUGAAGAUUUCCAGUUCCUCCGCAACACCACGCACCGACCCUAUGACAUCCACAUGUACCAUCCUUUACGUCAGUUGCCAUACAAAAACCCCUGCGGUGACAACAAUGGCGGCUGCUCUCAUCUGUGUUUACUCUCACCUACUGAAAAUGGAACAGUUUCAUUUACCUGUGCUUGUCCUGACCAGUUCUUCUUACAACGAGACAAUAAGACUUGUAGUGCCAACUGUACUCAAGGACAGUUCCACUGUGCUGGAAGUGAUGACAAGUGUAUUCCCAAGUACUUGAGGUGUGAUGGCGCGAAGGACUGUGCAGAUGGAGCUGAUGAGCCCCCAGGUGAUAUAUGUCCAAAGAGUAAGUGCCGAUCUGGAUAUUUUCGGUGUGAAGAUGGUGAGGGUUGUGCAGCACCCACGCAGCUCUGUGAUGGACAGACUGAUUGUAAAGAUGGAUCCGAUGAGAAUAAUUGUCACCUUGGAUGUGCAGAUCUGGAAUUCAAGUGUAAGACUACGGGCAAAUGCAUCAACAUAGCCUGGAAAUGUGAUGGAGAUAAGGACUGUCGUGACGGCUCAGAUGAGAGCGGCUGUGAUAAUCGACCAUGUGACGAAGAAAUAGAGUUCAAGUGCGAUAAUGGGAAGUGUAUAUCAAAACAGUGGAAAUGUGACCAGGACAAUGACUGUGGUGAUAACUCGGAUGAACCUGCAUUCCUUUGCCGACAGAACAAUUGCACUGAAGGAUGGCGAAGGUGUCCGGGCCGUACAAAUUACCGGUGUAUACCAGAGUGGCUGUUCUGUGAUGGCAAAGAUGACUGCCGUGAUGAAACAGAUGAACUGGUUGAACACUGCCCUAAAUGUCACGAAAGUGGAGACUUCCGGUGUACGAAUGGACGCUGCAUCCCAAAGCGUUGGUUAUGUGACUUUGAGAAUGACUGCGGUGACAACUCUGAUGAAGGAGAGGAGAUGUGCCGCACCCAAUACCGGGAGUGUUCAGAGAGUGAGUUCCGGUGUAGUAAUAAUAAGUGUAUUCCAAACCGUUGGCGUUGUGACCACGACAAUGACUGUGGAGACAAGUCAGAUGAAGAGAAUUGUGGUGAACACAAGUGCAGGCCUAGCCAGUAUCAGUGUUCUUCUGGUCACUGUAUCCAGGAACACUUCCGCUGUGAUGGCGAUCGCACCUGCCAUGACCUGAGUGAUGAAUUGGGUUGUCCUCCACGCUACCCAGGCGAACGCUACUGCCCAGAUGACAGAUUCCAGUGUGACAACCAUCUUUGUGUGGGGAUGCAAGAUCUUUGUGAUGGAACCAAUGAUUGUUAUGAUAACUCUGAUGAACGUGAAACUCUUUGUAAUAAUUACACCUGUAAUACACUACGGCGUUUCCAGUGCAACAACCACAAGUGCAUCCCUCUUUAUCAAAAAUGUGAUGGAAUGGACAACUGUGGUGAUGGGUCAGAUGAGAACAACAUGACUAUUUGCUCCCAUCGACCACGACCUUGCAGAUUCAAUGAGGAAUAUCGUUGUGCCAAUCAUAAAUGCAUUCUUUCAAGCAAAAUCUGUGACCACGCUGAUGACUGUGGGGACUCCUCCGAUGAGCUUGGUUGUCAUACUUUCUCAAACUGCUCAGUGGGUGGAUGUGAGCAGUCAUGCUUGGAUCUUAAAGAUGGAGGCUAUGUUUGCCAUUGUUUGCGAGGAUUCCGAAUUUCCCCAGACAACCCAAAAGUUUGUAUUGACAUUGAUGAAUGUGCAGAGUUUACUCAUAAUUGCUCACAUCUAUGCACCAACGUGAAUGGAACUCAUGCUUGCUCAUGUCGGGAAGGAUUUAUAAAAAAACAGAAUGGUGUUUGUCGACUGAAAGAAGGAGCCAUCACUCUUGUUUAUUCUGAUAGCCCAGAAAUUCGAGCCUUUAACAUAACAUCCAAUAGGGCUUUGAAUGUCAUCAAAGGGGACAGCAUAGAGUCAUUAGAUUAUGAGCCUAAAUCUGGUAUUGUAUACUGGACCGACUCUUAUGGAAAGACUAUUAAAAGAUCAUAUCUUCCUGGAUCACCUGAAAGGGCAAAUGUGACAAUGGGUUAUGCUCAGAAUUUGGAAAUUAAAAGUCGAGCCAAACCUACUGGACUUGCCAUUGAUUGGGCAGCCAUGAAUCUUUAUUGGAGUGAAACUGACCGAACUGGAAACAAACCUCGCGGUGCUAUAUUGGUGGCUACCCUCGAUGGACGGUACCGCCACUCAGUCAUCGCCACUGGGUUGGAAGAUCCUACCUCAGUAGUUGUUGAUCCUGACCAUGGUUACAUGUUCUGGACAGACAUUGGCUCUAUUCCAAAAAUAGAAACUUCUUGGAUGGAUGGCAGCAAAAGAAGAAUCCUCGUCUCUGAUGCCAUUAGCCAACCUACGGGACUGACUAUUGACUUUGCAAUGGAACACACGCUGUACUGGGUGGAUGCCAAACUCAACAAGAUUGAGAUGAUGCGUGAAGAUGGUUCCAAGAGAACUCUUGUUGCUACAGGAAAUCACCUGAAGCAUCCUCUGGCUUUGGAUGUCUUUGAGACCAGCUUAUACUGGGUUACACGUGAUUCGGGAGAAAUCUAUAGCAUGGAUAAGUUUGGACGUGGGGUGCCAGUGAAACUCCCAGGAGAGUUUGCUAACCCAUCUAGUAUUAAAGUUUUUGCAGACAAGAGAUAUAACACAAGUAUAAUCAGCAUAUGCCAAAGGGACACCCCGUGUAGCCAUCUUUGCCUCAUUAUCCCUCAGGGCUACAAGUGUGCCUGCCCUGAUAAUAAGGGAGUCAAGAAUACAUACCCUAACUGUGAUGCUCCACACGAGCCCAUGAAAGCUAAACCCCUCGGCUGUGGGUGUCUACAUGGAGGCGUCUGCACAAUGAACAGUUCUAAAGUUCUUCGUUGUGAGUGCCGUGAGGGCUAUUCCGGGGAGCUUUGCGAGACCUAUGUGGCACGCAGCUUUAUUCCACGACAGCCUUGGUCACCUGCCACUGUGGUCGUACCCAUAGUGCUCAUCAUCCUAGUACUAGGGGUACUUGCGGCUCUAUAUGUUUUCUUUAAUCGCCGUCAUAUAACACUGAAGGGACGAGGCCUUCCUGGUUCAAGUGUAGUAUUCAGACAAGGAACCAACGUAGAGAUUGGGCCACCGUCAUUCAUGGCUCCAACAGAAGGGGCAAAUGGGCUACCACAAUGGAAGCAGUUGCCUUCUGCAUACACUGUGCCGAUAGAAGGAGAAGUCAAUCUUGGAGAGAUGGCUGCAAAGAAUCACAAUUUUAGCAACCCCAUGUAUGAUGCCAUGGGUUCCAUGGAAGGAGCACAAACUGAACAGACAAAUACUAGAGGGCUCUGUGAAGUGCCUUUAGAGACUAGCACAACUAGGGGGUACAAUAUGGAGAAUCAAGAAACUAGUAAUGGUUCAACUCAACCUGCAUCUCUAGCUGUUCUCUCUCCAGCAAACAUGAUGCAAAGAUCUUCACCUAACUUACAGAUCCGUAAAAAAGAGCUUAGUCCUUCAAGUAAUGAUACUGGCAAGGAUACACAAAAGCUUGUGGUGGAGGAUGAUAACUCAGAAUGCUAAGACUGUAUUAAGACUUGUGUUGUACACAGAACUUAUUUUGGGCUAAUUGAUGCAGUGCUGCCACUACCCGUGCUAAGGAUUGCCGUCCCAAAUGCAAACCAGAUCAUGAUAGUUGUAUUUUAAUGGAAAGACAGAUGAAGAUUUGACACUGUUGUGCUCUGAUUUGUAAGAUUGAUGUUAUCCAGUGUAUUGUUACACUUCCAAAUUUUAUAAAAUAAAAUUCCAGUUUUUAAGGAUUUUUAAAUUUGUAACCAAAAUGAAUUUGGUGCUCAGUGUAUGAAGUGACUAGUAAAUGUGGGAGUUAUCUGGUACAGUAUAUAGAACUUCAUAUAAAGUUGAAACUAUUUACCAAACUAAAGUUAAUUGUCAGAUUAAUAAUAAAUGAGAACUCAUGGGAGUUAUGGUACUAAUUUUUUUAAAUGUACAAUGUAGUAAAUGAUUGGUUGGAUAUAGUAAUACUGUAUGUAAAUUGCUCUAUUUUUACACAAACAUAUAGACUGUUUGUAUAUUUUCAUCUUUGUAGUACCAAGAUUUUUUUUAUAGUUUAUUUUAGGGCCAGAGGUCUUUAACUUACAAAAAAUGGUCCUGAUUUUACCAUAGUUAUAUACAUUUUCCUCCUAUUUAUCUCUCAUUGCUAACAUUUCAUUGUUUUAGAGGCAUUGAAUGAAUUUUGUAGAUUUCAUAUAUGAGGUGACAUAUUACGUCUAUUUUAUAUUGAAGCCAAGCCGUCCACAUUAAAUAUUAUAUGACAUUCCAUAUGGUAGGAGUAUUAAUGAUGUACUUAUUUGAAGUGACUUGAUGUACAAGAUUUUGUUAAAUGGGUUAGUCAAUUGUAUCCAAUGAACUAACCUAUGGUAAGAGCCUCGUAGAUGAAUGUUCUAUAUUUGGUUCUCUUGCAGAAUUUUGGAGAUUGUGAGAUUUAUUUUAAAACUUCAGUACCCGAUUGUAUCCCUUUGACCAUCUCCAGGGCUCGUGUGUGCAUAUAUAUAUAUAUAUAUAUAUAUAUAUAUAUAUAUAUAUAUAUAUAUAUAUAUAUAUAUAUAUAUAUAUAUAUAUAUAUAUAUAUAUAUAUAUAUAUAUAUAUAUAUAUACACACACACACAGGUAUAUAUAAUACUGCAGAGAGGCACCACUGCUUUUACCAAUGGAAUUAUUCCUAUGGACAUUUUUGUGUAAAUAAAGGUUAUGUAUAUAGAUUGAAUACUGAUUUAUUACAAUUUGCUGUGAAUGUGAAGAGAGUUUAUUGUAGAUCAUUUACUCAAUUCGUCAACAUUUGACCUUCAUUUAGGUAUUGGAGAAGUGUAUUACAUGACCCAUCAUAAGGAGCCCUAUCUUAACAAUACUUUCUGAUGUGGUUGUAUUAUGUUGAAUUGUUUCUAUUGUUAUAGGCGUGCAAUAAUUAAUAAUAUUAAAAUA